AUGUUAUCGUCCCUCGUUUCGGGCGCCUUGCCCGUGGCGUUGCUGGCCUUCUCCGGGGCUGCGGAAGCGGCGUACUCAAUCGACACAAGAGUUUGUCUAACCCCCAAGCGCCGACACACAGAGGACAUCAUUACAACCGCAAGUACACUCGCAUUCGAUCUCAUGAAGUUUUACGACGGAAACCAGACGGGCAAAAUCCCCGGCAUCCUCCCCGGGCCGCCAGACUCGGGCAUCGGCGACUACUACUGGUGGCAGGGCGGCGCCAUGAUGGGCACCUACGUCGACUACUGGUACUACACGGGCGACGAUAGCUACAACGCCGUCGUCACGGAAGGCAUGCUGCACCAGACGGGAGACGACCGCGACUACAUGCCCCGGAACCACACCCUCUCCCUCGGCAACGACGACCAGGGCUUCUGGGGCAUGACGGCCAUGCUCGCCGCCGAGAACAAGUUCCCCAACCCGCCGCCCGAAAAGGCGCAGUGGCUCGCCCUCGCGCAGGCCGUGUGGACGACCCAGGCGGACCCGAUACGCCACGACAAGACCUGCGGCGGCGGCAUGCGGUGGCAGGUUCCCCCGACCAACGUGGGCUACGACUACAAGAACACCAUCUCCAACGGCUGCUUCUUCAACAUCGGCGCCCGCCUGGCCCGGUACACCGGCAACGACACCUACGCCCGGUACGCGGAGGAGACCUGGGAUUGGCUGUGGGCCGUGAACUACAUCGACCAUGAGAGUUGGAGGGUGUACGAUGGAGGCCAUGUCCCCUACAACUGCACAAACGUCUUCAAGGCCACCUUUUCAUACAACAUCGGUGUCCUGAUGCAGGGCUGCGCCUUUCUCGCCAACUACACGGGAGAGCAGAAAUGGUUCGACCGCACGCUGGCCCUCGCGAACCGCGCCAUCGAGGACUUCUUCGCCGACGGCGCCGCCUACGAGAUCCCCUGCGAGUUCGAAAAGGGCCGCUGCUCGCAGGACAUGCUGAGCUUCAAGGGCUACCUCCACCGCUGGAUGGCCGUCGUGACGCAGCUCGUGCCCUCGACCCGCGACCUCAUCAUGCCGGUGCUGCGCAACUCGACGGCGGCCGCCAUCCGGCAGUGCACCGGCGGCGCCACCGGCCGCGUCUGCGGCUUCUACUGGACCGGCGGCGUGUUCGUCGACCCGGCCGUCGACAAGACGUCCGGCGCCGGCGAGGCCAUGAACGUCCUGGCCGCGGUCCAGAGCCUGCUCGAGGUCGACCCGCCGGCCACCAACGACACGGGCGGCAUAUCCCAGGGCGACCCCAAUGCCGGCCUCAACUCGAACCCCUUCCGGGAGCCCUCGCCCGUCACCACCGGCGACCGCGCCGGCGCCAGCAUCCUGACGGUCGUCGUCCUCCUCAGCGCCGUGGCCAUCUGGGGCUGGAUGUCGGUACCCCACGCGGAGUGGAACACGGAUAAGGGCAAGGAGAAGGAGAAGAUGGGGUCCAAGGGCGCGCACCUCGACUUCUCGCAGGAGAGCGUGACUCCGGUCAAGGUUGCGAGCUAG